CGACCGCCCACCUUGGCCCAUCCCCCCAGCCUUCUUCCCGUUCUUCACCCACGAUGCAGUCCAUGAUCCACUUCCCCCCACCCCACCGUGCGAUCGAGAAUGCCGAAGACUGGAACGACGGCUGGGAGAAAGUCCUGCGCCUGCCGCAACUCGCGCCAGCCAGAGCCCCGUACUUCGUCUACGGGUCGAUGCUGCACAACAUCCGGAUGGACGCGGAGGACGCGGUGCAGGACAUGAUGUUCCAUCUCGACGAGAUGAAGUCGCUGACGCUCUCUGCGCAACGCAUGCUCGCCAUCAAAGCCGUGCAGCAUCUGGCGAACGACGACUUCGAGCGGCGCUGGCUGGAAGCGAGCCCCGCCGAGCGCAGGAAGCACCUCAUGUUGGCCUUCGUCAAGUCCUGUGGGAACUCGGAUGGGCUGAAUUCUGCCCGCACAUCGUGUGGUGUCGAGCUGCGCCUAACGCGCCUCCGAUUGCUUGGGCGCGCCUUCAUCGAUCUGCUGCAAUCGGCGAUCAUGCUGGAUGGGACGAUGACCUCCACAGAACCAAAGCGGAUCGCGAACCCGGACUGGGAUCGAUUUGAGGCGAAGCGGAAAGCUGAUGCACAUGCGACGAAUGAGGAGAAGCUCGCACUUGCACAGGUCGUGCUAUUGCGUACGAGGCUCAUAUGUCAAGUGUUGACUUAUACCCUCGAUUCGUUCCAUGGCAACGAGAUCAAAGAUCUUGUUGUGCUCAAGGACAGUCGCGAGCUGCAGAAGCGUCGGGCGAGCAAGACACCUGAAGAAAAGGAGAUUUACAAACGGAUGUAUGGGCUGAAACUUGCUAACGAGAUCAUGAGCGAGGAAGACGCUGGUAAAAAGGAACGUCUCAGCCACCGUCAAUUGACGUGUUCACGAACCGGCUGUCCGGCGAGGGUCGCAGAGCUUAACACCAAAGGCACCCCCGCCAUCAAGUUCCUGCGGUGCAGCCAAUGCUGGGUCAAGCUCAAGCGUCAGGUUUCAUAUUGCUCCCGAGAGUGUCAGAAGGAAGAUUGGUCGUUGAGACACAAAGCCAUCUGCGGGAAGGCGAUGGACUUUGAGAUGGCGUCGUCAGCCAGCAGCAGUCUCUCGGCCAUACUCAAGUCUUCCAACGUCGCACCGUCUGACAUCCUCGCCAAUCAGAUCGAGCUGUGCACCAGCACACCGUGUGCAGACUAUUUCAUCCUGUCGCCAGAGAAAUUCGAUUUCGAAGGGAUUUCGUUCGCCCACACUCCGUCCUUCUCCGUCGCAUUCCGCAAGUGCAGAGACCACGCAUUCGAGACGCGUGACCCGACGUCAUUGGCUCGCAUGGCGCACUUCUUGUGCUGGAGCUCGCUCGUCCCGGGUUCGGAACGGGCCGGCGUCACACCGAGGGUGAUCGUGGUCCAGCUUGCCAUGGAGUUUCAAACGUCGCCGGAGGGACUCAAUCUGGGUAUCCUGGGUAUGCAGAAGUUGCAGAAAGCUGAUCCGUGGAAGCGGCCUCCGCUUUUGCAUGGUACGCCACCUGAUGAUUGGGAAGAGGCUUGUGCUCCCGAGUGGAAGACCGUUGUUAUCAAUCUUAUCGAAAAGUGAGCAAUUGUUUGUAGAAUGGCCAAGUGUAUCGAUAGUUGUGUUGCGAUGAAUGUAGCUUUCUUGUAGUUUCUUGAUUCCCAGGUUUCAUUCGGGAGUCUAUCGAGGACUGAUAACUCAAGGCGAUCAUCCAAUAGAG